AUGGCUUCCCGUUCAGCCUACAAUGGCCGAAAAAGAAAGCUGGUGCUUGCUUUCGACGUUGGGACGACGUUCAGUGGAAUCUCGUACAGUGUCCUCGAUCCGGGCCAAGUACCAGAGAUAAAACCAGUAACCAGAUUUCCCGCCCACGAACACAUCAGCGGUGCCUCGAAGAUCCCGACCAUCAUCUACUAUGAUCGCACAGGGAAAGUGAGGGCUGUGGGGGCCGAGGCGAUGAAAGAAGGGAUAUACGAACUCGCAGAGGAUGAAAACUGGACCAAGGCCGAAUGGUUCAAACUUCACCUACGCUCGAAGGCUGGGGCAGGACGUAACCUUACCACCGAUAACAUUCCUCCUCUUCCCCUGAACAAGUCUGUCAUCGACGUCUUCGCCGAUUUCCUACAAUAUCUCCUUCAAUGCGCUGCGACAUACAUCCAGGAUACGCACGCAAACGGUGCUGCCCUGUGGGCCUCCUUCAAAGAAGAAAUCGACUUUGUGCUAUCACAUCCGAACGGCUGGGAAGGGACACAGCAGCAGGAUAUGAGAAGAGCUGCUGUCCAGGCGAAGCUCAUCCCCGACAAUGCAAGUGGCCAUGCUCGGCUGACCUUCGUGACUGAAGGCGAGGCCAGUCUCCACUUUGCAGUUCAAAAUGGGCUGCCGACAGGUGCGAUGAAGCAAGGAGACGGCGUCGUCAUCGUCGACGCCGGUGGUGGAACUAUUGAUAUCAGUUCGUACUGCAAGAAUGUCAAGGAAUCGAAGGAGACCUUCGAGGAGGUCGCGGCUCCCCUGUGCAAUUUUCAUGGUUCGGUGUUCGUUAGCAUCCACGCUCGUCUUUUCCUGCAACAAUUCUUGGAGGACUCACCUUUCAUUGAGGACUUAGAGCACAUCAUAAGGUGCUUCGACAAGACGACCAAACUGAGGUUCAGGAACGCAGAGGAGCCGUCAUACAUCAAGUUCGGUUCAACACGAGACAACGACGAGAAUUACAGCAUUCGAUUCGGUCAGCUCAAGCUGCAAGGGAGCGAUGUCGCACUUUUCUUCGAGCCCUCUAUCAACUGCAUCAUCAAAUCGGUGACGGACCAGAGGAGAGAUGCCCACAAGACUAUUCGCCACGUCGUACUCGUCGGAGGGUUUGCGGCCAGUGAUUAUCUCUUCGCGAAAGUGCAGGCCAAGCUCACGCCUGCAGGUCUCAACGUCUUGCGACCGGAUAACCAUGUCAACAAAGCCGUCUCAGACGGGGCGAUCUCAUUCUACCUGGACCACUUCGUCCGCACACGCGUCUCGAAACUAACCUACGGCAACUUUUGCCAUAUUCCGUAUGACCCGAAGGCACCUGACCACCAAGUGAGGCAACACAAGACCUUCGUAUCGGUGUCAGGAAACAAGCGUAUAAGUGAUUCAUUCGAUGUCAUACUCCCCAAGAACAUGCAAGUGACAGAAACGAAGGAGUUUCGCAAAUCAUACUUCCGGGAAUCGCACUCGAAGCUUGAGUUCAAGGGCGCUUCGUUCAACGUGUGGUGCUACCGCGGGACGAUGCCGGACCCGAAGUGGAAGGAUAUCGAUACAAACAAUUAUACGAAGCUCUGCACGAUCGAGGUCGACCUCCAUAACUUGCCUCUGGACGCCAAGUCGAAACCUAGUGGCGGUGGCGUCUUCUAUAGGCUCGACUAUGAGAUUGUGCUGCUGUUUGGUUUGACGGAGUUGAAAGCGUUCGUUGCGUGGAAAGAGCGGGGUGUCGAAAAAAGGAGCGCAACCAAGAUCGUGUAUGAUCCUGAUGAUAAUGGUUACUAG